CAAUCCCCGAGAACAACGACGUCAUCGGGAGAUGUUGAAAUAAGCCUUCUGUUUGAUUAAAUAUUCAUUAUAAAUUCAAACAGUCGAGCGCGCGUGGUAAUUUUGCUUUUGGAGCCAAAGUGCAUGUGAUUCUCCACAAGAAUGAUUAAAGUUCUUCUGUUUUUUAUCUGUUUAAUUGUGGCGCGUAACAGUGCACAAGAUGACUCCUGCACAACGCCAUUUAAUCAAGAUGGACAGUGCAUAUCUAUCAAAUUUUGUAAGGAAUAUUUGGAGCUCCUAUCGAAAUAUGGUCCCUCAGAUUACGUUUCAACUUUACUAAGACAAGCCCAUUGUGGAUGGGAAGGACAAGACCCAUUCGUCUGUUGCCCUCGGGUAACUGUAAAAAUGGCAAGCACCGAGACGUCCGAAAGGAUCGCGUUUCCACCGUCUGAUAUAGCAGUAUCCCAAAAUGAAAUUAAUGGAUUACCUAAGCCGCCCUUUUGCGGAUUAAAUCAACCUUCCAAAACGAGGAUAGUAAACGGCGUUCCAGCGUAUUUGGGAGAAUACCCAUGGAUCGUUGCCUUAGGAUAUCGCAAUUCCAAAAACCCAGAACAACCAAAGUGGCUAUGUGGUGGGACCAUGAUAACCGAUAAACAUAUUUUGACGGCUGGACAUUGCGUACACAACCGACCUGACCUAUAUUUGGCGCGUUUAGGCGAAUUAGAUUUGUACUCUGACGACGAUGGUGCUCAGCCGAGUACGUCUACAUUGUCAAAGGCAAAAGUGCACGAACAGUAUAAUCCAACUUCGUAUACCAACGACAUCGCCAUUUUAACCUUAUCACAACCGCACAAAAAUCCUACAGUUAAACCAAUAUGCUUGCCCUUAGAUGAACCACUUAAAUCUAACGAUUUUGUAAAUUAUACUCCAUUGGUAGCUGGUUGGGGAGCGUUAUAUUUCAAUGGUCCAUCCAGUUCGACACUGCAAACAACGACUUUACCAGUAGUUACAAAUGAAAGAUGCAGCCGCGCAUUCAUCAACUUUAGAACUACAACAAUUGAUCAUAGAGUGCUAUGUGCUGGUUACCUUCAAGGUGGAAAAGAUGCUUGUCAAGGAGAUUCUGGAGGUCCACUCAUGUAUUCGAGGCUGGAGAAUAAAAAUUUUACGUACUAUCAAAUAGGUGUAGUAUCGUAUGGAUUUAGGUGCGCCGAACAAGGAUUUCCUGGAGUUUAUACGAGAGUUACAGCAUUUGUGGAUUGGAUACAAAACAAUUUAGACUAGUAUUGUGAACUGUGUUAAUUAGUUUAAAGAGUGUUAUAAAUUAUGUCAAAAGUAUAUUGUAUAAGUCUCACCGUUGAACGACAAUUGUGGCACUUAUUUAUUAUUUUUUUAA